AUGUCCAAGGACGACGAGAAGACCCAGGUGUUCCAGGGCACCUCCAGUGAAGAUGUCCGCCUCGAGAGGCUGGGCUAUGAGCAAGAGCUCAAGCGGUCGUUCAGCUUGCUGAGUAUGAUCGGAUUUAGUUUUAGUGUGGUGACAUCAUGGACGGCGCUGAGCGGUGUUUUCAUUGUUGGAGUGACAUCCGGUGGCCCACCAGUCAUGGUGUUUAGUUUCAUCGGCGUUAGUCUUCUCACCAUGGCGGUUGCUAUCCCCAUGGCAGAGAUGUGCUCCAUGUAUCCCGUGGCGGGCGGACAGUACUCUUGGGUUGCCGCACUUGCUCCUCCGAAGAUUGCUCGUGGUCUAUCUUAUGUGACAGGCUGGUUUAUGAAUAUCGGCAUCCUGGCCAUGGGAGCAACAAAUAACUAUAUCGCGGCGAACUUUGUUCUCGGAAUGGCCAAUCUUGUCUUCCCUGAAUACGUGAUCACACGGUGGCAGACCGUAUUGGUGGCCUAUCUCGUCGCUAUCCUGUCUGCAGCAGUCAACAUUUGGGGCCCGAACUUGCUGCACCGAAUUGCCAAAUUCAUCCUGAUCUGGAAUGUUGGCUCUUUUAUCAUCAUCACAAUUGUGCUUCUUGCCACAAACGAUCACAAGCAGCCCGCUUCAUUCGUCUUCUCCGAGUUUCAAAACGACACGGGCUUUGGCACGGGGAUGGCCGCCAUUAUAGGAAUCCUGCAAGCCUGUUUCGGCAUGUGCUGCUACGACGCACCAGCUCAUAUGACAGAAGAGAUGCACAAUGCUUCUAAGGAAGCACCCAAGGCUAUAGUUCUAGCUGUCGUUCUGGGCGCCGUGACGGGUUUCGCAUUCCUUUUGACACUGUGCUUCUGCAUUGGCAAUAUCGACCAAACUGCCAAAACCAGCACUGGCGUGCCCGUGAUCCAGAUCAUCUAUGACUCCACCAACAGUAAGGUCGCUACCUGCAUUCUGUCGAGCAUGAUUUCCGUGAUUGUCAUCGUGGCAGGACUUAAUCUUUUGGCAGAAGGCUCGCGCGGUGUGUAUGCCUUCUCCCGGGACAAUGGCCUACCUUUCUCCAAAUUCUUCAGCAAAGUCGAGAGUAAACGCCAGGUACCCGUGAAUGCAAUUAUCUUGACGCUCGCCGUGCAACUUGCCCUUAAUUCAAUUGACUUUGGCACAACCACUGGUUUCGAGACUGUUAUUGCCAUUUCGACGGAGGGAUUCUAUCUCUCCUAUGCGGUGGCCCUGAUCAGCCGACUGGCCGGUUAUUUCACAGGUCACGUCACCAAGCUCGAUGGCCCAUACUCUUUUUCCGUGCCUGUGUCCAUUGGGCUCAACUUCCUGGGUCUCCUAUUCUUGCUUUUCGCUUCUAUUACCUUCAACUUCCCCAGCACAUACCCUGUAACCCAUAUCUCGAUGAAUUAUACCAGUGCUGCUAUUGGAGUCAUUGGUAUCAUCAGUAUUGUUACCUGGAUUACGACGGGUCGCAAACAUUUCAAAGGUCCGGCGGGCGUUGACUUCUCGAAGGGGGAAAGCGAUGCAUCGAAUCCUGUGAAGGCAGCUGAUGUGCCGGUGGAAGAGAAGAGCUGA